GUUUUGUUUUGUGGCUAUCACCAGUAAAGUCAUGAGGGCAAAUACUUUCUAAUGUCGGCGAAUGUUUGUCGUUUAUAGUGUGUCAAUACAUUGUGCUCGGGAUAUUACAGUCGCGAACAAAACCCAUUGAUAACACAAAUGAAAGCUAGAGUCUCAACAUUGGGCGCUGUUGCAACUCCUUCAAGGAAAUCAGCAUCAGAUAGUGGGGUGAAGAUGCCAGGUCUGCAGGGUGAACAUGUAUCCUCGCUUGGGAGUCCCAUCAAGAGGAAUAAACUCUCUCUGAAAUUCUUCCAGAAGAAGGAAACUAAACGUGCUCUCGAUUUCUCUGAGCCUCAAGCGGAGGAAGCCAGCUGUGAUCAGGUGGUGCCUGCUCCAUCUUCACGCCCUGCCUCUCCUGUUCUUUUGCCGUCAUGUGAGAAGAGAGACGACUUGGUGCCAUUUGUGGGGUUCAGCAACGGGGGCAACACCUGCUAUUUGAACAGCAUUUUACAGGUGCUGUAUCACUGUCCAGGCCUGAAGGAAGGCAUCAAGUCCUUGUACAAGUUGUCAAAAAGGAAUACUAAAGUGACUGAAGAACCUGGUAAAUGUGAAGAGCCAGCAGAGGGUGCUGCUGAGUCUUCAGCGGCACACAUCGAGCUGAUAGGGAGCUUUCACAGUCUGAUAACCUCUGUGGAGCAGGUACAGGCCAAAUUCCUGCUCAGUCCCGAGAGCUUCCGUGAGAGAGAGCUUGACACAUCGCCUCGCAAAAUUCUUCACACACUCAGGCAACUGAACCCAAUGUAUGAAGGCUAUCUCCAGCAUGAUGCCCAAGAGGUUCUGCAGUGUAUUCUGGGUUACAUCCAGGAAGCCUGCAUCACCAUUAGGAAGGAGCAAAAGCUGGAGAAGCAGGAUGUUGGCAAUGUGACCGAGGCCGAUGUGGAAAAUGGCAGCCAUUCAGUGCAAGAAUCUGAUAGUAUCACAGAGGAUGAUGGUCAAGGGAGUGGAAAGAGGAAGAGCGAUACAGAGAUGGGGAAUGCCAAAAAGAAACCAAAAUCUAGUAAGCCUGGCCAAUCGACGGCCGAAGAGGAGCACGAAUUAAGCGCACCUGUCACACGCUCCAAAAGGAAGUCGUCUUGUAACGUCACCCAGAGCAAAGCUGCAGAGGAAGAAAAUAGAGACAAGGAAAUGAAAGUGGAGGAGGAAGAGGAUGAUGAUGAUGCCAAGACUUCCAACGAGACUGAUGGGAAAAAGAAGAAACGUACCAAACUGAGCUGGCUCAGGCCGGUUGGGAAACAAACCAGCAUCAUGUCCAUGUUUCGCACGGUCGGUAAAAUCACUUCCUCUUUUGGAAAGAACCCAACAAAAAGAGAGCAAGGAAACGAUGUGACUGAUGACGGGCAACCUCAGGUUGAGGAGUCGGAAGACAGUCAGGUCAUCCCUCCAAACAUCAACCAUGUCAAGGAAACACAACAUCACGACAGUCUAGACUUGAUGGAGCGCUUGUUCCAGGGUCAGCUGGUUCUACGGACUCGCUGUCUGGAGUGUGAGAGCUUCACAGAGCGGAGGGAGGACUUCCAGGACAUCAGUGUCCCCGUGCUGGAUGAGGAGCCCAGCAGUCCGGACGACCUCUCAUCAGUUUCUCCAUAUCCAAAAUUAGAGCAGAAGACCCUCAAAUGGUCCAUCUCACAGUUUGCAUCUGUAGAACGCAUCGCUGGAGAAGACAAGUACUUCUGUGACACGUGUCACCAUUACACCGAGGCCGAGAGGAGUCUUCUGUUUGACAAAACACCAGACGUCAUCACCAUUCACCUCAAGCGCUUCUCCGCCAACAGUUUAGAAACUGAUCCGUACGCAGGUCUGUCAAAGGUGAGCACACCCUUGCAGACACCUUUGACUUUAUCACUGGAGGAGUGGUGCACCCCUGGGUCAUCCAGCAAAGGUCAACACUAUGAGCUCUUCGCCGUGGUCAUGCAUAGCGGCGUGUCCAUCAGCAGUGGUCACUACACCGCUUACGUCCGCAUGAGUGGCUUGGAAGAUGCCAAGCUCUGGCUUCAAGACAGGAAGGAGACAGAAAAGCAGCAAGAGGAGGAGGUGAAGGACUACGACGAUGGAGAGGUUUCUAUUAAGCAGAAUGCUAAAGAACAACCUGCACCCAGCAUGACUUGCGGCAAACUAGGAAGCAAGAAGCUUCCGGAAGGUGGGGUCGGACUCCUGGGAGGUCAGCGGAGCUCAGUGAGCUGUGACCUCGGUAGUAUCAAGGACGGAGAGGGAACACCGAGCAGCGGGACAACAGAGGGGUCCAAACAGAGAAAAACUCUAAACCAGAAACAAAACGCAGAAUCGGGGACAAAAAAGGAGGAACCUUCGACAACAUCCUGUGAGGAGGUGGCGGCCUCGGAGCAGAAGGCUUUGAACAACCUCCUCGAGUACGAAGGCAAAUGGCUGCUAUUCGACGAUUCCGAAGUGCGUUUGUUUGAGGAGCAGGAUGUCCUCCAAGCCUGCUCCCAUCAGACCUGCUCCUCCUCAACACCGUACCUGCUCUUCUAUAAGAGAGUAGCCGACACCACACACUGACAGCACCUCAACGUUCACUCUUGAUAAGCUCUACUAUGUACUGUAGUUAUUUAAUACUACAGUAUAUACUUUUGAUACUUGUUCUGUAUAUGUGCAAAGUCACCGCAAUUAGAGAAGCAAACCAGCUUUCUUUUAAAAAUGCUUUUCUAAAGUAUUUUUUGUACUGUGUAUGAUUUUUUUUUCUCUGAUUGUAUGUUGGAAGUAUCAUUUUACUUAAAAGUUGCGUGAAUGAAAGUGCUACACUUGUCUU